AUUAAACCCUAGAUAGACUAGAUGUCCAGUUCCCAAUAUCCUUACUACUCCCCUUCCCUCCCCUCUGCGCCGCCAUUCUGGUCCGGCUCAGGUGGAGCAGCACGCCGGCACUUCCCCUCCCGGACCGGGCUACUCAGUGAUGACCUUUGAAGGCUGAAGCAGGCUCCUGGCUAGGUUGUUCGCACAGGAUUUGGUAGUCGGAUUUCUUUGCUGCCUUCUGCUGGAUUGAGAUCAGAUCGAACUUGGAGUCGACGUCCGAUCAACCAUGGGCUUGUCGCGGCGUUUUCUGAAUCUGAUCGUGCAAAGCCACGCGCCAACCAUUAGAUCGCUGCGCUGCAUCGAUCUGAAGCGUCUGCAACUCUUUUACCCAACCCCACCGUCACCAACCAACCCCGCCGCCAAUACCAUGGAGACCUUUGGGCUUCCCGGACCAACUCCGAUCUUCCGAGCCUGCGAUUCGGAUGCUGAUUGCCAGUGGAGAGUUGCUUGCUACCCACUUUCACAACGGAGGGUGCUUUGCACAGACCAGUGUCGGCGCAACUUGCUCUACGACGCCAGCACGCACGAAGUGGCAGCUAUUCCCGAGUUCUACAGGCCUAGGUUGGAUUCUCUCUCGCUCUUUGUCCCGGCCAGCGGCGAAGGUGAAGAGGGCAACAAAGAUGAAAAGGACCGCCAAGAGGGCAGUGAAGACGAAGACCAACAACGUGGAGGCGGUGGUGGCAGUCUCUUUCUGAUGGAGAAGAUUCUCCGACCGGUAACUGGUGAUUUAGAGGUCUUGUUCUAUGGCAAUGGCAGAAGAACCUCGCACUGCAAACUCUUGCCACCUCCGCCCUAUAUCCAUGAGCCCUCCAAGAUCGGGUCUUACGCUGUGGUUGGCAAUGGCGCUCAUGUUUGCAUAUCGGUCAAUGGCAGAGGCACCUAUUUCCUGGACACAGCCGGGCACACAUGGAACAAAGCUGGUGACUGGACUCUUCCCUUCCAUGGCAAGGUCGAAUAUGUACCUGAGCUUGAACUCUGGUUUGGCCUCUCCGCCAAUGCCCAACAAUUGAUUGCUGCUGACCUCUCCACCACGGACUCCCAGCCACAGCCAGUUUACAGUUGGAAGCUGUUUCAGCCUCUAGAAGAAUGGAUCGAACACAAAGACGCUCAACUUGUGAACCUGGGCUCAGGCAGAUUUUGCAUUGCAAGGUUCUUCAAACAUGACUUUGAUUUUGUUGAACAAGAUGACUCUCCCCGUGAUUGUAUUGUCUUGACCGGUUUGGAGGUGGUCCCGCGUGUCCUCAAUGGUAAAGUGAAACUCGAAAUGUUCCAUCACAAAUCGAUGCGUCACACGACUUUGCCUAUCUAUGGAAAUUCCGUCGAUUUAGUGUUCUGAUGAAUAAAUUUGGGGAUUUGCUUCCAAACUCUCUUUUAUCAUCAUAUGCGGUCUGGAUGUCUCUGGGACUGCUAAUUUCCUCUGCGUGAUUGUGUAUACUUUUAAAAUUUUAAGGAUUAUAAGUACUUGGGUAUGAAGUCUCAGCGUUGACUGUAGUCGCAUGUAUUCUGAUAUAAUACACCCAUUAUUUAGCGUUGGACAUAGAGCCUCACGCCAGUUAUGCACUUCAAUUUCCUUUGCUACAACAAUGAAUGCCAGUAAUAAUAAUGAAUGUUAUAA